GCUCGGUGCAUGCGUGCUGCUGGAGUCAGUGACGUUCUUGUCCCAGAAUGCUGCCUGGUAAACAGACAUGGAAGCACCUGGUGAAGACCUCCACAGUCACUGAGCACUGUACUCGCUCUUUGAACUGAUCUUCAUUGUCAAUACACACUAAAGCCUGCGCCUUCGUUAUCUUUGGAGCUCGACCGGGACCUCUGAAGUCCAGGACAUUGAUUCACUCACCAGCUUGUGUGGCAGUCUGGAAUCACCAAAUCUGAUGAGGAUCUACUGACUUGACCAGUUUUGUUCCAUUUUCUUUUACUUUUAACCAGCGGAAAGAAUGUCGGAAAGGGCCGAAGAUGACGUCAGGGGGGAGCAGCAGCAGCAGCGCAGAGCGGCCAGGCAGCUCAAGCAGCAGCGGGGUGAAGCCUCCACAGCAAUGGCGACUGUGGCGGAGCGCAGAUCCCUGCCCAGUCCAGAAAUAAUGCUGGGACAGCCCUGGAACAACUGGGUCGAUGCCGUGAAACUCUACGGGAGCGACGGUGCGGAAUUGGAAGAAAGUUUGAAAGAGUGCGGGAAAAAUCGCGAAGCCAUGAGACUCUGCAGAGAUGACAUGCCCAUAUUUGGCCAGUGUCCCGCACAGGAUGACUUCUAUCUGGUCAUGUGCAGCCACUGUAGUCAUGUAGUUAAACCCCAGGCCUUCCAAGCACACUACGAGAGAAGACACAGCUCCAGCAACAAGCCCCUGUCCAGCUACACCUCCUCGAAACCUGCAUUCUCUCGGAACAAGGACAGUGUCGGGGGCGGAGUCGGGGGCACACUGCCACGCCCCUCUAAUGUCGUUGGCAGCAUCCAACCUAAAAUCAACCAACCAGCCAAAGACAAGCUUCUUCACCGGAAGUCUCACUUCCCCUGUAGGGUGCUACAAGAAGAGAGUUUGACGCCUGCAGUCAAACCGGAGAAGGUCCAUCUGAAGGUGGAACCUUCAGCCAAACUCACCCACGUGCCCGCCUCUUCUUCCACUUCCUCCUCCUCUUCCUCCAAUACUGUGAGCACCUCUCCUCUCAAGUCCAGCCUUAACUUCUCCCCCGUACCAAAGGCUCCACAUCUGGCCUCUGGCCAGAUCCCCAAUGGAAGGGGCCAUCUCUUGUCUCUAGACAAGAAACAGGACAACAGCAGUGCCAGUAACAAAAGACUCUGGUAUAAGAGACAAGAACGAGAGUUUAAUCCAGAUAUCCAUUGUGGGGUUAUGGAUAUGAUUGCCCGAAAGCCAUGCACAAGAUCGUUAACAUGCAAGACACAUUCCAUAAGCCAGAGAAGGGCGGUGCCUGGCCGUCGGCAGCGAUUCGACACACUGCUCGCUGAACACAAGAGCAAAGUGCGCGACAAGGAGCUGCAGUUCAGGUUGGACCACUCCCACCCAGCACCCCCUCUCAGGGACCCUCCUCCCUCCCGCCUCUCACAAGACUCCCACUCGGUGUCCCACGGCAAUGGCACUGCCGAUGCUGCUAAGCCUUUGCCCCUCAGCAAACCUAAACCUCAUAGUUCUGGGCUUCCGCGGCUGAACAGCACUAACUCUCACAGUGGAGGAGACCCAGCCAUGACCCACGACCAGGCCCACCACUCUCACCCGCCACCCGCCGGUACCGAGGCCAGUCGCCUGUCCAGCGACGAGGGAGAAAAUGAGGAGAGAGAGGAGGCCACAGAGAAACUGGACUGCCAUUAUUCAGGUUGCCACCCACGACCGGCUGCUCACUGCACUUUUGGAAGUCGGUUGUUUGGUAGAGGCUGUUAUGCGCUUGACCGGCGAUGGGAUCAAGUUCGGUGUGCUCUGACCAGCAUGUUGGACAAACAUGUCAACUCACAAAUGUGGAAGAAAAUCCCUCUUGCGUUGGAAAACUCUGCAACGUCAUCGUCCUCUCACCGGGCGAGCACAAACUCCCACUCUUCCUCCAUUUCCGCUAGCUUUCACGGCCUGUCCUCGCCACCUCCCUACGACAGCAAACCGGUCCUGUCGUACGGCACCACCCUGAACGCCCGCUCCUCACCGCAGUCCUCCGCCACCGAGCAGUCUAGGCAAGUGUUGGCCUCGUCACCCCAGAUGCCUUCAGCCCACUCGUCCUCUCUACCCUCUUUGGGCUCCAACCGAUCCCCCAAAUCCAGAUCCAAGACCUUCAGGGCUAGAGAACCAUCAUCCAGCCUAAGCAACUCUAUCGUCAAGAGCAGCGCUAACAUCAGUAACACAAGCAGUAGCCUCAGUUCAGGCAAGAAGCGAAAAAACAGCUCCAUGUUAUCCUCCCACAGCACUUACGCUUCUGAAUCAUCUUCUUCUUUUAAAAAGAACUGUGCGGUAAACUCCGGCAACCCGGGGAGCACGUACCACACCUCGCUCGCCUCCACCCCCUCACCAUCAUCAUCCCACAGUGGGGUGUACAGCAUGGGGCUGAACUGCUCCCCGGGUAGGGCUAAUUCUUUGAGCUUGAAACAGGAGUCGACAGGACGUGGGCCUCCAUCAGGCAGCCCCGCGGAGUCUAUCAAACGUAUGAGCGUGGUAAUGAACAGCAGCGACUCCACGCUCUCCCUCGGCCCGUUCGUUCACCAGAGCAGCGAUCACCAUGCGGAUGCACGUCUGGAAGCCAAAAGGAGGAAGGGCUCGCCUGGCUCAAGUAGCCUCAAUAGCACAGUGUCUUUAGUGGGAGGCGGUGGCGCACAGGGUCCUGGAAGGCCCAAAAUGGCCAAAUCUCCAGCAAUCAAUAACAUCCACAGCAAACACGCUCGCUCUAUGCCUGGACCCCCGGGACUCCCUAACAAUUCACUCAUACAUCAGCCAAAGGCUCGUCCCUGACACAGGUGUGGAGGCUCUGAGCGUGCUGAGCAGUAAGCUGGACCCAGAGCUCCCUCGGCCCCCUCACGCCACUCUGCAAGAGGCCUUCUUUUUC